AUGAGGAGGGGCAACCUGACCUGGGUGGGUGAGUUUGUCCUACUGGGGCUCUCCAGUGACAGGCAGACCCAGGCUGGACUCUUUGUCCUGUUUGGGGCUGCUUAUCUGCUGACCCUGUUGGGCAACGGCCUCAUCAUCCUCCUUAUCCAGCUGGAUGCCCGACUGCACCUACCCAUGUACUUUUUCCUCUGCAACCUUUCGGUGGUGGAUAUCUGCUACACCUCCAGCGGGGUCCCCCAGAUGCUGGUGCACUUGGUCCUGGAGAAGAAGACCAUCUCCUUUGCCCGGUGUGGGACCCAGCUCUUCUUCUCGCUGGCCCUCGGGGGGACCGAGUUCCUGCUCCUGGCUGCAAUGGCUUAUGACCGCUACCUGGCGGUCUGUGACCCCCUGCGCUACGUGGCAGCGAUGGGACCGAGGCGCUGCCUGGUGCUGGCAAUGGUCUCUUGGCUGGUAGGUGUGGCUAAUUCCGCAGUGGAGACGGUGGUCACCCUGCGCCUGCCCACCUGUGGGCACCACGUGCUGAACCACGUGGCCUGUGAGACGUUGGCACUCGUCAGGUUGGCCUGUGUGGACAUCACCCUCAACCAGGCAGUCAUCGUGGCCUCCAGCGUGGUGGUGCUGCUGGUCCCCUGCUGCCUGGUGUCCCUGUCCUACGCCUACAUUGUGGCCGCCAUCCUGAGGAUCCAGUCCACCCACGGGCGCCGCAAAGCCUUCGGGACCUGUGCUUCCCACCUCACUGUGGUCUCUAUGUCCUACGGGAUGGCCCUGGUCACCUACAUGCAGCCCCGCUCUGCAGCCUCGGCGGAGCAGGACAAGUUGGUGGUGCUCUUCUAUGCUGUGGUGACCCCCUUGCUGAAUCCGCUCAUCUACAGCCUGCGGAACAAGGAGAUGAAGGCUGCUGCGAGCCGGGUUCUGACCAGGAGCUCCGGAUCGGAUCGAAGCGCUAGACGGCUUGGCCCUAAGAGCAUGUAG